AUGAACUGGGGUCCAGGUCAGAGGAUUUAUCACAACGCUCUGAUAGGCUACACUGAUGGCAUCAGCAACUUCCGCAAUGAAACUCCCAAACCACCCAGCAAUCUGUUCGGCCCCGGUGGUCGAUAUAGACCCCAGAGCAUUGUAGGCAACACAGGCCAGUUGGGACAGCUUCUGUAUGACCUGACUGGAGUCACAGUGGGCAACUCAGAUCCUAAGAGACAGUGCCAAUUAUGGGCUCUGAAGGAGCCAGAUCCCAAAGAGUGGAUAUUAGGGCUGACGCCAUGCCCUUGUACUCGCACCCAGGCACUGGACAACCUGGCAUUUGGUCCUGAGACGAUCCCAGAGGUGAAUAGCACAUAUGUGCAAAAGCUGCGGGGUUUCCGUUGGGGUGGAACUGCAGGUCAAGUGUUUCAGUCAAUUCUCUUCAACAAGCAAAAUGCAGGAAAAAGAUGUGUGUAUGACUCCCAAGGUCCUCUGCUGGGUGGAUACAGUGAACGCUAUUUUACCAGUGACAAGAUUCAAGAGCACAUGGAUAAGGACCUCAUGCCUUUCCAGUGGUGCUGCGUUCAGUCUCCUCUUUGCCAUCUUUACCUGGCUAAGAGACCACUAGACCAGUGUCAGGGCAGUGGCUGGACACGUUUAGACCCAAGCAUUCCAGAAAGCACUGGAGCACCUGGCCUUGGUUUGGCAUACGGAAGCCUCCACUUGGUUACGUUCGAUGGAACUAAUUACACUUUCAAAGCCAUAGGAGUGUUUGUAAUUGUGCGUCUGUCCUCCAGUAAAGGCUCCAAUGUCUUCACUCUGCAGGGGGAGACAGGGGUGCUAGUGACUAAUGGGCAGCCCAGUCGAGUGCCAGCAUUUGUGCGCUUAGCUGCAUACCACCAAGCCUUCGGCAAGGUGGAAUGGCGAAGCUCUGUGUCAGAAGAGAAGCUCAUUGUUCUAAUCAAUGAUGUGGAGGUUCCAGUGUUUGCAGGGACUGUCCCUAUUCCUGAGAGCCUUCUGUUCACCACUCCUCCCUUGACACCCUUUCAACCUGUGAGCACAGAGCAACUGUUGGCAUCAGUUAGUCCGGACAAAAUAGCCAGUCUUCAGCAGAUGUGCCAGGGCAGCAUGCAAUGUGUGCAUGACAUCCUAGCCACAAACAACACGGAUCUGGGCCUACAGAGCCUGCAGGAUCAAAAGCAAAUCUACAAGCUCGCUGUUAUUUUUGGUAUUAUCCCUCCCAUUGUGAGUGAGCCCACAGUGAUCCGCUGUAAGGUGAACACUACAGUAAGUGUGCAGUUUGUAGCACAGGAUGCUAACAGAGACUCCAUCAGCUUUUCCUUACUUUAUCCACGACCGCCUUUGGCCACCAUAGGAAGAGAUAAUGGUGUUUUGGUGUGGACUCCAUUAAAUAUUCAGCCUGUGCUGCUCACUGUGCAGGUGAGUGACCAUAUGUCCAGCUCUCUGCUUAUUCCCAUUCUGCAGCUCUGCAGCUGUCUGAACGGAGGAACCUGCCAGUACCAAAGUGUGGGAGAGAACCACUUGCAGGGAAAAUUCCAGGUAGUAGGGUGUUUGUGCCCACCAGGUUUUAGUGGAAGAUACUGUGGAAAUAGAACUGAUGUGUGUAAAGGCAAGCCUUGCUUCCCUGGAGUGGACUGCUUUGGUCAGAGAGAGGAGGACAGUUUUAGUUGUGGAGAAUGUCCUCUUCCUACUGUCUUUAAUGACAAACAAGGUUACAAAUGCUUUGAGAAUGAUUUCUGCCUUCCUCCUUCUCGCUUUCCCUGUCAUGAAAUGGCAGACUGCUUCAGCACUGGGUAUAACUACACAUGUCGCUGUAAGCCUGGCUUUUCUGGUGAUGGACAUGAGUGCACAGAUAUAGAUGAGUGUCAGAACCCAGAGACCUGCCCAAAUGCAAAGUUUGAGUGUGUGAACACACCUGGCUCUGUGUAUUGUUCCUGCCGAUAUCAGAACUCCCUGGAGCCCAGUGGCUGUGGUGAUUCACUAAAUCCUACAGGGUGGAAUAUUUUUAAUGUUUCCAUUACCUGGGGCAAUCAAAAGACUGGACAACAGCAGCUGAAACAGCUGGAGGAAAUCCUUUCUAUGGGUUUCCAGAAUAAAUUCUACAGUGCCAGAAUAUCAGUGCCUAGCUCAGGAUCAGAGGAGUGGAAAGAGCAUAGAAUCAACGUGUCCAGUGAUACUCCUCACUGGUACAUCAUGGACUACUUGAACCGAGUCGGUCACUACUACGGCAUUACAUCAGCUUAUGUAGGAGACUUGGAUGAAUGCCACGCCAAUGAGACCUUGUGUACACACCCAGCUGUGUGUCACAACACUUAUGGAGGCUACAGAUGUGUGUGUAAUGGCACAGACAUAAAGGAGGUGCAGUCUUGCAUUUUAGACAGGAAUGAUCUUAAUAGCUCAGUUGUGAUUGGUGCUAUACCACAGGAAGAUAAUAAGCCCCUGAUUCUCGGCUUGAUUCUGGGCAUCGGUAUCCCCCUCCUCCUACUGCUCCUGCUGGCUGCUCUGGCCUGCUUCUGCUGCUGGCACCAGAAAACCGUCACUGGAGAGAUUCCACACUUACUGCCAGAAUAUGUACAAGAGCAUUUCAGUCCUCAUUUUAACUACAGCAAUCCUGCCCUGCACUACAAGAGUCACUGCAGCCCACGUAUCCUUGACAACAUCACACCCAGCAACAAAUGUCACAUUCCAGUUUGUCCCACUUCUGCCACCUGCACUCAUGUCUGCAGCUGUACGAAUGCAGAGGAAGAAAAGAUAAUCAUAUAAAAUGAGAUAUCUAGGAAAUAUUCAUGACU